CCUAGCAUGUGAUUGGUCGAGCUGCGCGUCCAUCAAAACUGAACAUCGCUAGCAGUCGGACUGAAAGGAACAGGUUGGAAAGAGAGGCUUGUAUAUUCAAAUACUGUUGGUUGCAGACUGUAACCGGACCUAACACGCAAACUGGAAGGGCUCAGCGCAGCGUGGGUGCCCAGGGAGCCACUGCCUGAGUGUGGGGAAAACAGCGGCCGAGACCCCAAAGACAUGAAUCACACCAAGGGUGGCCUGGUCAUCUUCACUGCCAACUCGCACCCCGCCAGCCGCGAGCUGGGAAAGAGGAUUUCAGAGCGGUUAGGGGUGGAGCUUGGCAAGGUGCAGGUGUACCAGGAAGCUAACAGAGAAACGCGGGUACAGAUCCAAGAGUCGGUGCGCGGCAAAGAUGUCUUUGUGAUCCAAACAAUGUCCAAGGAUGUGAACACCACCAUAAUGGAGAUGCUGAUCCUGGUGUACGCGUGCAGGACGUCCUGUGCCAGAAGCAUCACGGGCGUCCUCCCCUACUUCCCCUACAGCAAGCAGUGCAAGAUGAGGAAGAGGGGCUCCAUCGUCUCCAAGCUGAUUGCCUCUAUGAUGUGUAAAGCUGGUCUCACCCACCUGAUCACCAUGGACCUCCAUCAGAAAGAGAUUCAAGGCUUCUUCAACAUCCCAGUGGACAACCUGAGAGCCUCCCCCUUCCUGCUGCAGUACAUACAGGAAGAGAUCCCUGACUAUAGAAAUGCUGUGAUUGUGGCCAAAUCCCCAGCCUCUGCCAAAAGGGCUCAGUCGUUCGCCGAGCGACUGCGUCUGGGUAUAGCGGUGAUCCACGGCGAAGCUCAGGACGCGGAGUCAGACCAGGUAGACGGGCGCCACUCGCCGCCCACCGUCAAGACCACCGGAGCCAUUCACCCCAGCAUGGAGAUACCAUUGUUGAUCCCUAAAGAGAAGCCUCCCAUUACUGUGGUAGGAGAUGUAGGAGGACGCAUCGCCAUCAUAGUGGAUGACAUCAUCGACGAUGUGGACAGCUUUGUGGCAGCAGCGGAGACGCUGAAGGAAAGAGGGGCCUACAAGAUCUUCGUCAUGGCAACACACGGCCUCCUCUCCUGCGACGCCCCCCGGUUCAUAGAGGAGUCGGCCAUCGAUGAGGUGGUGGUGACCAACACGAUUCCCCAUGAGCUCCAGAAGCUCCAGUGUCCAAAGAUCAAAACGGUCGACAUCAGCAUGAUCCUGUCGGAGGCCAUCCGCCGCAUCCACAACGGAGAGUCCAUGUCCUACCUGUUCCGCAACAUAGGGGUGGAUGACUGACACACACACACACACACACACACACACACACACACACACACACACACACACACACACACACACACACACACACACAAUUUGCCUUUUCAGAUGUCUUCAGAAACAUAGAGGUGAUUGUCAAACACUGAAAUUGCACACACAAACAUAUCCAUUACCUACUCAUAUCAUAAUAUCCCCCCAAAAAAUUCUGACCCUUUCCUUUUAAAUGCAGUUUAACAUAGAUGAUUGAACACACACAUGUGCACAUAUGACUGAAAACACACACACAGACGGACACACACACACACACACACACACACACACAAAAACACACGUGUCAUUAAUGGACUACAGCCUGUCUCUCCAAUGGCUGCCCAUAGUCUUUUCUCAUCUCUCCAUCUUGUCUAGAUUUGUUUUCAUAGAAAUUAAUGUUGUAAAUCUGUGGAUCUUAGAACAUUUUUGUUAGCUUCGAAUGUCUCUUGCAGUACAAUCUCCAAUAGUAUGAGAAAGAUUGCCAGUGCCUUCUACAGGACAUACUCCCAACACGCAGGCCUUCCUUCACUACUGCCAUCAGAAGUGUAGAAAUCUCAGCAAACUGAACUAAUUAUUAAUAACGGCCCUUGUAAUUAAUCCGGGAAGAUACAGGUUCCCAGCUAAUUAAUUUGAGUAUCAGAGUGCAUGUUUAACCCUCGUCAGAUUUUUGUUUAUUUAUGUGGCAUCUGAAUAUGCUAAUAUAUAGUUAGUUUAGACAGUGUUGUUGCCAUAGCAUGAUGCUUAUCUGGUGUCAAAUCUACUCGUUGCUAAAGUUGAACUGGAAUUAACAGGAAGUAUUUUCUCAGUCUGGGUUAAUUGGAUGUAACGUACACGUUACCGUAUGGCAGUGCACUCGUAAAAUAUGUACUCAUGAGUCAUCCGUUGUAACAUUAUGCCAUCGUUUCAAUGCCUGCUCAAAUUUUAUAUUUAUUUUUGCGACAAAUGAGUAGUUCCCUUCCAGCUGGAGGACUCCAGUUGGAGUUGGAGGGUUGUUCUAAAUCAUACGGAAAUGAAUAACGAAUCUUUGAUCAUUAUCACGUUUACUUACAACACACCAUAUAUACCUGAGUUUCAAAGAAUGAAGUUCCAAACUGCAGCUAAAGCUAGAAAAGUACAUUUCAAAACCUUUUCUGAUGAGCAAAACUUGACUGAAGCAGGUCUUUGUCACUUUACCAGAUGUGUUUCAAAAAUGUUUUGUAUUUAUAUUCUGCACUUCAUAUGAAUAAAUAUGACCUAUGAAAGUAAA